AUGCACCGGGUGACUCUCCAGGCACGAUGCUGUGCUAUUCGAGCUGACACGACUGCUCUGCGUGGAUGGAUUUCUGGUAUUAUAGAUUCUACUUCUCUUGUUUCACCUCCUCUUCGAAAGCUUCGCUAUCAAUCCAUCUCAUCUAACUUCACCACUAUCAAGCAAAUAUACACCGCCAAAAUGAGUGAACAGUGCAACAAGUACCUCGCCGACACCUGGAACCGCGACAAGGUGAUGGCUAUUGUCCAAUUCGCGCCUAUGAUGUUGGCUGGGCCCGUCAAAGCACUGACCGGCAGUGAAGAGCUCAGCAAGGCCUUCUUCAACCUGUCCAAUAUGGCGGACGCGUAUCGCGCGGUUACACGUCUCUCCCUUCUCCUGCGUGCGGUUUCAAAGGAAAACCUCACCGCGCUUGCCAAGCCGCAGGGCGACGCGUACCUCGAGCGCUCCGACCAGCUGACCCACUUCUUCCACGUGCUUUUCUGCUUAUUUGAAAACACCACGACUCUCGCUAAGCAUGGCGCAUUAUGCACUCAGCUGCGCAGCUUUGGUCAGUAUGCCACGGUGUGCUGGUUCUACACACUUUUGCUGGGCGUCGUGCGCCAGAUAUACGUCCUGACACACAGUAAGACAUCAAAGAAGGAGCGCAACCAACUCCUCGUGACGCUGCUGAAGCUCGGCUGCUUCCUUGUGUUCGCGCUGACCUGCAUGCCGAAGGAUGGCCUGCAGCUGCUGCCGAACGCCCCCGGCGCGAUCGUUCCGCUGCAUAAGACCAUUGCCUUGAUCACACCCAAGCACCUGCAGCUCUCCGACACCAUCCGCGGUGCUCUUGGAUUUGUUGCCUCGAUGUGCGACUUCUACUAA